CACUAACAAUAAUAACACCACCUAAUUACUCUCCCUGGUCUUACAAAACUGUUCUGUCCAUUCAUCAGAUUUCCCCCUCCCUUUUCAUUUUCCCCAUCUCAAAGAAUCUUCAAUCCAUAAUAACAAGUGUAACAAGGAGGGGGGGGAUCUCUCAGGGGGGCUUUGGUAAGUGAUGGCAUCGAAACGGAUCUUGAAAGAACUCAAGGAUCUCCAGAAAGAUCCUCCUACUUCUUGCAGCGCAGGCCCUGUUGCUGAAGACAUGUUCCAUUGGCAAGCUACGAUUAUGGGUCCUCCUGAUAGUCCAUAUGCAGGGGGGGUCUUUCUGGUUACAAUUCAUUUUCCUCCAGACUAUCCAUUUAAACCUCCUAAGGUUGCUUUCAGGACAAAGGUCUUUCACCCGAAUAUCAACAGCAAUGGUAGCAUUUGCCUUGAUAUCUUGAAGGAGCAGUGGAGCCCUGCCCUCACUAUAUCUAAGGUGUUGCUUUCGAUUUGUUCUUUAUUGACGGAUCCAAAUCCCGAUGACCCUCUGGUGCCUGAGAUUGCCCACAUGUACAAGACUGACAGGAGCAAAUACGAGACAACUGCAAGGAGCUGGACCCAGAAGUAUGCAAUGGGUUGAUGUGCUGCUAUGUGAUAGGGAGAUGAUCAAUUACUGCCCCACUGAUAUACAUUUGCUGCUUUAAUUGUUUGUAUGGGAAAUUGCGUUUAGUACUUUGAAAAGCCUGUUUUACAUAUCUUAAUGUAUCAACCUUGUAUCCCUAUUUUCAAAAAUCAUGUUCAGAAACCACAUAGUAAGAUGAGCUGCAUUCCUCCAUGUUACAUCCACAACUACCAUGAGUGAUUGCAGAGUUUUUCUUUCUUCCAUUACCGGAGAUGUUGAUGUUAAGGAGCAGGGUUGCUUUUGAACUUGAAGAUGCACCAUGGAUGAUUCUUUGCUAGGGAAUAGUAAUAGAUUCAGUUGUGUUAUCAAAA